AUGGAGCCUGGACUAAACAUAAAAGUGAAGGUUGUGUCCAUCCUGAUCAUCAUCCUUUCCACAGGUUCUAGUGAAAACGACCUGUACCUGAACUUUUGUGGCACCUGGCGUCAUGGAAAGGGCUCCCUGACCCUCUCUGUCAACCUUUCCCCAGGCUGUGAUAGGGUCUCAAUCUCAGCCAAUAAGACCUCUCUGUCCAUCGAUGGGAAGAUCACGGCCCAGUGCAGGCGCUCUGACGUAGUCUCCCUUGAGCAGUAUGGACUAGGUUCACAGGAGGACAGUUACUUCUGUCUGUACUGGGAGCCAUUGCUGGACCAGUUGAAGCUGCAGGUCGCAGGAAAGAACCUCACUCUGUGCUGGCCUGCCAGCAUACAGGGCUCCUGCUGCACUGAUCUGUCUCAUGGCAGUACCACACCCUACGCAUCCUAUGGCAUCUUCGGUGGAUCAGUCAGAAAUGAUAUGCUCAGUGAUAAAAUAAUGACGGCCUUCGAGUUCAGUGGAGAGUCCACUGACUGCAAAAAGUUGUGUGAUCAACUGAACCAGGGAUCCACCCAAGUCAACAUGGUUGAGAACCCUUUGGCUGCAGGGUAUGUUAAGCACCCCUGUGCUCGCAGCUCUGAGGUUGUGAUGAAGAAGGAUUUCAGAGGCUUCAAUGUGACAUCACCUGCUGCUAAAGGUGAACCUGCAGACCCCCUUAUUACUGUCCACAUCCCGUCUGCUUUAAAACAAGCUGCAAAAAAUACCAGCAAAGUAGCCUUCAGUUUCUUUAAGAACAACUCCCUGUUCCAGGACGGUCUCGAGAAAGUCAAGAUUCUUAAUGAUGUCGUGAAAAUCAAUGUGGAGAACGAGAUCAUCGCUGAUCUGCCUGAGCCAAUUAGGAUUGGCUUUCACCAUGAUGUCGUACCUAAAACGCAUGCAAGGGAAUGUGUAUCAUGGGACACCAGGAAAGAUCCUUUGCAGGUGAAAUGGUCUGUGCACGGAUGUAAGACACAUCAACAUGGACCAAACUACACUGAGUGCAUCUGUAACCAUCUGACUUACUUCUCUGUACUUGUGCAACUGGAGCCUCGCCCAGUGUGCCACCUGUUGGUGCUCACCUCCAUUACAUCUCUGGGCUGUGCUGUGUCUGUGAUCAGCUGUAUUGCUCUCAUCAUUUUUCUCUGCAAGAAGAGCAGGCGAUCUAAGGAGCAGUCCACUCCUAUCCACUUGGGCUUGGCUAUCUCUCUUGCUCUGCUCAAUCUGCUCUUCUUCUUCACUGGGGUCCUGGCCAACGUCGAAGAGAGUGUGUGCACCUGGGUGGGAGCAGCCCUCCACUACACCUUGCUCAGCUCCUUCACCUGGAUGGGUAUAGAAGUUUUCCACACCUUCUGGUUGAUCUACAUGGUUUUCAGCCCCUUUCCAAAGGCCUAUGUGUGGAACCUGCUGGGUUUUGUUCUUCCUGCUGUUCCUGUUUUCAUCCUGCUGAGAAUAGGUGAUGUUUAUGGAGUGAGAGAGGUGCAGGCAUGCAAUGACCUAUACAAUCCUUAUCUGAUGUAA